AAAACCCACAUCUGCCCCCUCUGCCAAAAACGUUUCAAACGCCUCGAACACGUCCGUCGUCAUGCGCGGACCCAUACAUCCGAGAAACCGUUUCGGUGUGAGGUUGAUGGGUGCGAUAAGUGGUUUUCGAGGAGUGAUAAUUUGAAGGCGCAUAGGCGGACGCAU